CAGAAAGUUUAUGUUGCUCUAACAAAGGCUCUUGAUUACUUUUUAUAUUGAUUGCUGUUUGGCGCCCAUUUUGUAGCUAUUAAUUAAUUCGGGGCUUAUUAACUUUGUGCAAGCGUAUGUAACAAGCAGUUGACAUAAGAGUUCAGAUAUUAAUAGUCUAGAAAAAAACAGUUAUAUAUUGUAAACUAUAUAAGAAUUAUGUUUUGAUAUGUUUGUUAGACUUGACCUUUCUGACGUUUGAAAUUUCAAUACCAUCAAAAUGAAUUGGAAAACAUUAAAUGAGAGGCACGCAGCCUUAAAAAAAGUCGUACAUGAUCCAUCCGCACUUAAUUACUUGUAAAAAUGUAUAUGCGUAAUUGCUUUUAAAUUAGCCUAUCAGGUAACGAACAACCGAAAGUUACAAGCGAUCCUGAUAAUUGUCGUUAGGCUCGGCUCGCUUCGGGUCGGCUCGUUUCGGCUCGUCUCGUCUCGUUUAGAUUCGUGCCGCCUCUAAUCUCAAAACUGACGAGCCUCAGCGUCAAAACGAUUUUGAUUCUUAAUCGAGCCGGUCGUGUUUUGUACGGAGUGUGUAUUGUGUGUUGUGUGUGGGCACAGUCAAUGAGGAAACACCCAGAUCUGGCUUUUGAACAAUUGCAUAUUUUAUGUACAAAAAUAGCUGAACACGUUUUGUACUAUAUUUAGAGGAAUAAAUAUAUAUAUAUAAGUAUAUAGAAAACUUAAGUAAAAUGUCAAAAUCAGCGAAGGGAGCAACGUCUGUUUUAGUGUUUUUUGUUAAUGGCAAAAAGGUAAUUGAUGGCAGUCCCGAUCCGGAAUGCACGCUGCUUACCUAUCUGCGCGUGAAGCUGCGUCUGUGCGGCACCAAGCUGGGCUGCGGCGAGGGAGGUUGUGGUGCGUGCACCGUUAUGAUCUCUCGGCUGGAUCGUCGCAGCAACAGGAUACAGCACCUGGCCGUGAAUGCCUGCCUGACGCCCGUGUGUGCCAUGCACGGCUAUGCAGUGACCACGGUGGAGGGCAUAGGCAGCACACGCACCCGCCUGCAUCCGGUCCAGGAGCGUCUGGCCAAGGCGCAUGGCUCGCAGUGCGGCUUCUGCACGCCCGGAAUUGUGAUGUCAAUGUACGCGCUGCUGCGCAAUGCGGCGCAGCCGUCGAUGCGUGAUCUGGAGAUUGCCUUCCAGGGUAAUCUGUGUCGCUGCACUGGCUACCGGCCCAUCCUGGAGGGCUACAAGACAUUCACCAAGAAUGCUCCCUGCGGCAUGGGCGAUAAGUGCUGUAGAGUAAGUGGCAAAGGAUGCGGAGGUGGCGACAACACGGACGACAACACGGACGACAAGCUGUUCGAGCGCAGCGAAUUCCAGCCCUACGAUCCCAGCCAGGAGCCCAUCUUUCCGCCAGAGCUGCAGCUAACGGCAGCAUACGACGAGGAGAGCCUGAUCUUUCGCUCGGAUCGUGUGACCUGGCAUCGACCGACACAGCUUCAGGAGCUGCUCCGGCUGAAGGCUGACUAUCCGAAUGCCAAGCUAAUUGUGGGCAACACCGAGGUGGGCGUGGAGAUGAAAUUCAAGAACUUGCUCUACGCUGUGCUCAUCAAUCCCAUCAAAGUGCCCGAGCUGCUGGAGCUGCGCGAAUCGGAGGACGGCGUUUACUUCGGUGCUGCCGUCAGCCUCAUGGAAAUCGAUGCAUAUCUGCGCAAGCGCAUCGAGGAGCUGCCGGAGUCACGGACUCGCCUAUUCCAAAGCGUCGUCGACAUGCUGCACUACUUUGCUGGCAAGCAGAUACGCAAUGUGGCGUGUCUGGGCGGGAACAUAAUGACCGGCAGCCCCAUCUCCGAUAUGAAUCCUCUGCUGACGGCAGCUGGCGUGCGUCUGGAUGUGGCCAGCCUAGCUGACGGCAGGCGCUCGGUGCACAUGGGCGCCGGCUUCUUCACCGGCUAUCGACGCAACGUCAUUCAGGGCCACGAGAUUCUGCUGGGCAUACACAUACCGAAGACUACGCCGGAUCAGCACGUGAUAGCCUUCAAGCAGGCGCGCCGUCGAGACGACGACAUUAGCAUCGUCAAUGCGGCCGUCCAUGUCAGCUUCGAGCCCGCCUCCAAUGUGGUGCAGCGCAUACAAAUUGCUUUCGGUGGCAUGGCACCCACCACGGUGCUGGCCCCACGCACAUCCGAGCUGAUGGUGGGCCAGCGCUGGAGUCAGGCGCUGGUGGAGCGCGUGGCGGAGAGUCUGUGCAUAGAGUUGCCCCUGGACGCCUCGGCGCCGGGUGGCAUGAUAGCCUAUCGACGCGCCUUAGUUGUCAGCCUGUUCUUUAAGUCCUUCUUGGCCAUCAGCCGGAAGCUGUGCGAUGCCGGCAUCAUGCCGCCGGAUGCAGUGCCCAAAGCGGAGCUCAGUGGCGCCGAUGUCUUCCACACGCCCGCCCUGCGCAGUGCCCAGCUGUUUGAGCGCGUUGCCAGCGAUCAGCCCAGUCAUGAUCCGAUUGGUAAGCCCAAGGUGCAUGCAGCUGCCCUGAAACAGGCCACCGGCGAGGCCAUCUAUACCGAUGACAUUCCACGCAUGGAUGGUGAGCUCUAUUUGGCGCUUGUGCUCAGCACGAAGGCGCACGCCAAGAUCACCAAGCUGGACGCCAGCGAGGCGUUGGCUUUGGACGGCGUUGAAGGCUUUUUCAGUGCCAAGGACUUGACGCAACACGAGAACGAGGUGGGCCCCGUGUUCCAUGAUGAGUACGUCUUUGCCAACGACGAGGUGCAUUGCUAUGGUCAAAUUAUAGGCGCCAUAGCUGCGGCCAACCAAGCGCUGGCCCAGCGCGCGGCGCGGCUGGUGCGCGUGGAGUACGAGGAGCUGCAGCCAGUGAUUGUGACCAUUGAGCAGGCCAUUGAGCACGCGUCCUAUUUCCCCGACUAUCCCCGCUAUGUGACCAAGGGCGAUGUGGUGCAGGCCUUCGCUGAGGCAGCGCACGUCUAUGAGGGCAGCUGCCGCAUGGGUGGCCAGGAGCACUUCUAUCUGGAGACUCAUGUGGCAUUGGCUGUGCCCCGCGACCGCGACGAACUGGAGCUCUUCUGCUCCACUCAGCACCCGACGGAGGUACAAAAGUUGGUCGCCCAUGUGGUCGGUCUGCCAGCCAAUCGAGUUGUCUGUCGCGCCAAGCGUCUGGGCGGUGGCUUCGGCGGCAAGGAGUCUCGUGGCAUGAUGGUGGCAUUGCCCGUCGCGCUAGCUGCCUAUCGGCUGCAACGUCCUGUGCGCUGCAUGCUGGACCGGGAUGAAGAUAUGCUCAUCACUGGCACACGGCAUCCGUUCCUCUUCAAGUACAAGGUGGCCUUCACCCAGGAGGGUCUCAUCACGGCCUGCGAGAUUGAGUGCUACAACAACGCCGGCUGGUCCAUGGAUUUGUCCUUUUCGGUGCUGGAGCGUGCCAUGUACCACUUCGAGAACUGCUAUCGCAUUCCGAACGUGCGCGUCGGUGGCUGGGUGUGCAAAACCAAUCUGCCCUCCAAUACGGCCUUCCGCGGCUUCGGCGGUCCUCAGGGCAUGUUCGCCGGCGAGCACAUCAUCCGAGACGUGGCGCGCAUUGUGGGCCGCAGUGAGCUGGAUGUGAUGCAGCUGAACUUUUACAAGACCGGCGACUAUACUCACUACCAUCAGCAGCUGGAGCGGUUUCCCAUCGAGCGCUGCUUCCAGGAUUGCCUCAAGCAGUCGCGCUACUUUGAGAAGCAGGCAGAGAUUGAGCGCUUCAAUCGGGAAAAUCGCUGGCGCAAGCGUGGCAUUGCCCUGGUGCCCACCAAAUAUGGCAUCGCCUUUGGCGUCAUGCAUCUGAACCAGGCGGGCGCCCUCAUUAACAUCUAUAGCGAUGGAUCGGUGCUGCUGUCGCACGGCGGCGUCGAGAUUGGACAGGGCCUGAACACCAAGAUGCUGCAGUGUGCUGCCCGAGCGCUGGACAUACCUAUUGAGCUGAUACACAUCUCGGAGACGGCCACCGACAAGGUGCCCAACACAUCGCCCACGGCGGCCAGUGUGGGCUCGGAUUUGAACGGCAUGGCCGUGAUCGAUGCUUGCGAGAAGCUGAACAAGCGCCUGGCGCCUAUAAAGGAGGCCCUACCCGAGGGCACCUGGCAGGAGUGGAUUAACAAGGCAUAUUUCGAUCGCGUCAGCCUGUCCGCAACUGGUUUCCAUGCCAUGACCGACAUAGGCUAUCAUCCGGAGACGAAUCCCAAUGCACGCACCUACAGCUACUAUACAAACGGCGUGGGCGUGUCUGUCGUGGAGAUUGACUGUCUGACGGGCGACCACCAGGUGCUCAGCACAGACAUCGUCAUGGACAUUGGCUCGAGCAUCAAUCCGGCCAUCGACAUCGGCCAGAUUGAAGGCGCCUUCAUGCAGGGCUACGGCUUGUUUACGCUCGAGGAGCUCAUAUACUCGCCGCAGGGCAUGCUCUACUCCCGCGGACCGGGCAUGUACAAGCUGCCCGGAUUCGCCGACAUACCCGGGGAGUUUAAUGUCAGUCUGCUCACCGGCGCACCCAAUCCACGCGCUGUUUAUUCAUCAAAGGCCGUUGGUGAGCCUCCGCUGUUCAUAGGCUCCUCGGCAUUUUUCGCCAUCAAAGCAGCCAUCGCAGCGGCACGCAGUGAGCGAGGCUUGAGUCCGAACUUCAAUCUGGACGCGCCGGCCACCUCGGCACGCAUACGCAUGGCUUGCCAAGAUAAAUUUACCCAGCUGCUUAAAAUGCCGGAGACUGGAACGUAUACGCCCUGGAAUAUAGUGCCAUAAGACCGUAUAGUUUAGAUAAGCAUUUGUUACAAACACCCUUUUAAUUAAUAACGAUUUAGAAUUAAGUGCUAAUGGAGCUUAUUAUACUAUCUA